CUCCCAAGUCGAGUCCAAAACCGAUAGCAUCACGUCUCCCGAGGCCUGGGUUGGCCGAGUACUACAGCACUCGCACCAACAGACCUUGUUCAACCCACAGGCCUCACCUCGGGAUGGAGUUGGAUCCCUUACAGUAGGUGUUUUAUUUACUACCCCCAGCCCCUCCGUCUCGACCGACGAGAUUCGCAACACUCUCACAGACCACAUUCUCUCUUUCGCACAGGCCAUUUCUCUCUUAGAACCCCCCUCUCGUCAAACUAAACGCUCAACUUUUUCUCUUGUGUGAGCUCACUACAUUCAUUCUGGGGCGAUCGCUGGCCGUGCCUACAUUCAUUCUUCUUCAGACCCAGCUGCGCUUGGUCUGUUCACCGGUCUCGACGACCUGCGUAGAAACAAAAAACCAACGCCGAUCAUCCUCUUUCCCAACCUCGUCGUACAAACUGAUCGUCAACACACCACCAUGCAUGUGACCGGCGUCAUUGCGUCUGCCUUGAUGGUGGUCGCUCAAGUUGAUAUCAUCUCGGCCAAAGCGGUCGCGCAUCUCCCGAAUGCGCUGCGGAGGAGGAAUUAUAUAGACGAACUCGAGAGGGAUGUAGCGAAACUGUUGCGCCGAACACCUGAACCACAAACCGACGGUCCCGUCAUCAACGUCGCGGCGCAGAACAACAUGACGAACGCGACGAUCGUGUCGGCCUGCACCGAUGCGCUGGGCAAGCUCACCAAAGUCGACAACCCGGCCGGUUUCGGGGCGUGCUACAACAUCCUCUCCUACGACGCGAAAAACAAAAACUUUGAAGCGGACCUUAGAUUAUACCAGAUGUUCAACACCUCGGGUGCCUUUGCCGGCCUCCAGGCCAACGAGAUCCAGAUUGGCCUCAUCUACCCCUCGAGCACGACCUUUCAGCCAUUGACGGGCCUGCGGAGGACGAAGAGGUCUCUGGAAGGACGAGAAGCGAACAUGCCCGAGAUCCAACAAUAUUCGCUCGUGGGCAACUUCCAGUCCAACUUGGAUCUGAGCAAGUUGAACGACACCCAGGUCAUGUCCCUCAUGUGGCCCGACAUCAAGCUGAACGCGGUGAAUGCCGACCAGAAAAUCAUCAGCGGCAACAUCACGGCCAAGGAUGGCGCCUGGUUCGUCACGGGCGAGUUCAGCGGCGAGUUCAACUCCGGCCUCGUCACCGCCGCCGUCGCAAAGCAAGCCAUUACUGCCGCCGCACCUUUCGUCCUCCCAGGAACACACUUUGGCAUCUUCCCUCUCGGACUCAUCGUCACAAUGUCAUGGACUGUCUUGUUCUUCAUCGCUUACGGCUUCGGCACGCUCGGGCGCAUCAAGUACCGAGAUGCGUACCGCAAGAGAAAAGCAGCUCAAGCGGGCAGGACAGGAAAGCGGAUAUAAAAAUUUGAGAGGUUUUCCAAAACAAAGGAAGAAAUUCAGAGAAAAAAUGCCGUACGAGAUCCAGAUUUUUGUUGUACUUUGGCCGAUCUUUUCUGUUGGACAUAUUUUUGAAAGAUACCCUCGUUUAUGAACUCGAUUUUACUCUUUGCGUAUGUGGCCUCGACGCCGUUCUGGAAUUUUGUAUCAAUAAGCGAGCAUUUGGCAAUGGGUGUUUCGGACACAAGUUCACAGAACGAGACAUGAUAAGAAACAUUGAACACUUUGUUGGAUAUAGGGAGUUGGUUACUCCGUGCUUCGAUUUCGUUGUCGUAUAUAGACAAUGAGAGUCACGUGACUGAAUUUUUGUCAUCACCA